AACCAAGGAAUAGUAGGAGCGUUUGAGAAGAGAGAAAGAAAGUACAUCGUCAAAAACUACAUCCACCCAGAGAUUGCUUUCCUUUCCUCUAUUCUAACCCCCAUCUUCCCUUUUCCCUUCUUUUCUCCUUUCUCUUUUCUCUUUCUUUUUUUUUUUCCCAUUUCCCCCAUUCUCCCUCGAGUUGGUCUUUUUACGGAUUUCGAUCACUGACCCAACUUACGAAGACUCUAAUUAUCUUUCUGCAGUUGAAAUCUUUUGUUGCUUUAUCUUAUUAAUCAUCAAUCCAGCUAAUAGACUUCAUGUGAUCUUGAUGAAGAAUGCUAUCUGGGUUUUGUAGAUCAUGCCCAGAUCUUGAUGUCCCUUGAUCUAGCCGACUAGCUCUGGUUCUUUUUCAGACUGGAGAUUGAGGAUAUCCCAGAAUGGAAGAGACUAGAUACUCCAAGGCUGCGACACCUUUACAUUAAAUGGUGCACACGUGAUGGUGAUUUUGUGGUCAUGAGAAUGAGUAACUUAAAAAUAGGGAUGGAGUUCUUAUAGGCCUCUGCUAGUUGCUUUAGUUCUUUUGAAGAUCCGAUUUUUGCAUUUAUUUUAGCUUUAUGUUGAGCCUUGUGGUCUGAAAGUAGUUUGCUUGACAAGGGCCAUUGAGUUGUCGGUCGUACCUUAAGUGAUGAUCAAACAGAUACUCAAUAGGUUGCCACGGAAGCCAUCUAAGUCGGCUGAGGGUCGUGAUGGAGGACCACCUACUUUCUCUUCCAAUGCUUCAACUAGUUCGAGGAGCAAUGACCUCUCCAAUUCUCGGUCAGGGAAUUCAAACGCCACAUCUCUUGCAGUUGCUUCUAAUCCAGGAUUAAAUCAUGGGAAUAAGCUUCCCCAAGCUUUAAACAUGAAGGUGAAUGGUAAUCUAGCAGUUUCUCCUUAUGAGCCUCCUAGCUUUCGAGAUGUCCCAAAUUCUGAGAAGCAGAAUUUGUUCAUCAAAAAGCUGAAUUUGUGUUCGGUUGUGUUUGACUUUACUGAUCCAACAAAAAAUUUGAAAGAAAAAGAUAUUAAGAGACAGACAUUAGUGGAGCUUGUAGACUAUGUCAGUUCUGCAAAUGGAAAGUUUACUGAAACUGUCAUGCAAGAAAUCAUAAAGAUGGUAUCCACAAAUUUGUUCAGAACACUCAGUUCUCAGCCUCGGGAGAACAAAGUCUUAGAAGCCUUUGAUGUGGAUGAGGAAGAACCUCUUAUGGAUGCUGCAUGGCCCCAUUUGCAAGUUGUGUACGAGUUCCUUCUUAGGUUUGUUGCCUCGCCAGAGACAGAUGCAAAAUUAGCUAAGAGGUAUAUUGAUCACUCUUUUGUUCUGCGGUUGUUAGACCUCUUUGAUUCAGAAGAUCCUAGAGAAAGGGAGUAUUUGAAGACUGUCCUGCACCGCAUAUAUGGUAAAUUUAUGGUGCACCGCCCUUUUAUCAGAAAAGCAAUCAACAAUAUAUUCUACCGUUUUAUUUUUGAAACUGAGAAGCAUAAUGGCAUUGCUGAGCUUCUGGAAAUUUUGGGUAGCAUAAUCAAUGGUUUUGCUUUGCCACUGAAAGAAGAGCACAAACUCUUCCUUGUGCGUGCGCUUAUUCCACUUCACAAACCAAAGUGUAUACCCAUGUACCACCAGCAACUUUCUUAUUGCAUCACUCAGUUCGUGGAAAAGGACUGCAAGCUUGCUGAUACUGUAAUAAGGGGUUUAUUGAAAUAUUGGCCAAUCACAAACAGUUCAAAAGAGGUUAUGUUCCUGGGGGAACUGGAAGAGGUACUGGAAGCAACUCAACCUCCAGAAUUCCAGCGCUGCAUGGUUCCAUUGUUCCGCCAGAUUGGUCGUUGCCUGAGCAGUUCACAUUUUCAGGUGGCUGAGAGGGCUUUGUUUCUGUGGAACAAUGAUCACAUAGAGAACCUAAUCAAACAGAAUCGUAAAGUCAUUUUGCCAAUUAUUUUUCCUGCCCUGGAAAAAAAUGCAAGAAGCCACUGGAAUCAGGCAGUGCAGAGCUUGACCGUCAAUGUUCGUAAAAUUUUCUCGGACACCGACCCUGAGCUUUUUGAAGAAUGUUUGCUCAAGUUUCAAGAAGAUGAAGCACAAGAUAAAGAGGUUAAGAUGAAACGAGAAGCAACAUGGAAACGUUUAGAGGAGAUUGCUGCAAUGAAAGCUGCAAGUAAUGAGCCAGUCCUCGUGCCGCGUAGGUUACCUUCCCACACACCAUCUGGCUAGAGAUUGGAGCUUGUUAUUUGAGCGACUGUCUCCUUUGAUUUUCUGACUGGUGUGCUGACCAAGCAGGUGUAUUUUGAGUCAUGAGGUCUAAUGUGAAGAAGGUUUGCAUAUUUCUUUAAAUGCUUCCCUUCUUGUACUUGAAAAUUUUUUGUUGGUCAGGUUCUGUGGUAAAGGAAACCACCGUGGAUCCAUAAAUUGUCCUCAUUCUGCUUUAGAUGGAAAGACUGUAUAUAUGGAACUGGUUGGACAAAGUACAUUUGAGGUUUAUGUCUGCACUGUUAUGUGGAGGCAUUUUACUUGGCAGAUUUGGACUUUUGAUUAUUAGUUUUUAGAAUGAUGACUUUGAAAGGGCUUCAUUUUGCAGAUGUCGGUUUAGAUAUUUUUGAAUUUGGUUUCAUUUGUGUACUCUUAAAUAUCCAAUCAUAUGUGUAUCAUUGUGAUA